UCAAGAAUACGCACAGUUACCAUAUAAAAGCGGCCGAAAAAUAGAGUCCGUAGAACAGGAUCCUAUUAUCAAACAAACAGUUGCAGCGAUUAUCGAACUAUCAAAGUAUAGAUUAACAAUUGUUACGAAUACGCUUGCUUGCGUUUUAGAAAAUGUAUCAAAGACCCAUCAAAUUUUUGAACAAAAUGUUCCUGUAGAUGUAAUGCAAUCUAAAUUAUUCGUCCUUCGUUUACUGUCCGCAUGCAUGCAGCAUCACUGGCAGCACCACCGCGAACUGGAAAAGGAGAAACACCCUGAAAUACCCUUGAACGAAUUGACUUUAGAGUUACCACCACUAGAUACCGCUCUCGUUACAUUUGUGCUUGUUUUGAUGAGUAGAUAUAUCACCCAAUACCAUCUGAUUGAAGAAUCGACAAAUGCUGAGCAAAACAAUCAAAAUCGUAUGCCACUGGUUGAUCUCAGUGACAGCGAAAAUGGAUAUACCUACGAACAAAUCAAACUCAGUUUAAUUACUGACAUCUAUAAAGCGUCAUCCAAGAUUCUUUAUUAUAUCAGUUCAAGUAAUUGGGAGGCAUGUUAUGCAAAAAUAAAAUACGCUGUUAUCAGUCUGGAUUCCAUUAAUGGAGGCGCACAAGAAAUUCCCCCUGAAAUCAGAAUGUUGGAGUCCAGUUGUUUAACAAGGAAAAGAUUGUACUCUAUUUUUGCCGAGCUGAGUCCAUAUUACCUCCAUAUGAGGCCACAUGGAAAAUUAUUGUUCUCAAAAAUGAUUCGGAGAGCUAUUUGGAGAUGGAUCGAAUCUCGCCCCUCAGAAUUUGCCGAGGUUUGCUCUAGUGAUGCUCGUUUACUUUCUGGCUCUGAGGUGCUGUUCGACAUGUGCAGCUCAACAGCAGAUAACUCCCGAAAGAAGGCCGUGCUUUGGCCUUUACAGACUAUCUUGCUUGUCUUGUCUCCCGAGUUUUUAAUGCAAUCAUUUUUAGGCUCGUCUCCCACAUUAAAUAGAAGAACUAAUUUUCUCAGCUUAUUAAGGAAAUCAUUACAAUCAACGAGGAAUGUCGAUAUUGCGGCCGUGUGUUAUGUCGAUUUAUGUAAAGCUGCAACGUUUCUCCCACCCAACAAUGAAUCAGUAUUACGAUCGAUUGCCGCAGAUGUAGAAGUCGAGUUGAAGGAAAAGGUGUGGGAUUUUUCAAAACCACCCAGUGCAGAAUCGACUCUCGCCUUACUAGGUUACACUAUCGAUCAACAAACACUUACAACGGACUUUAUUUUAUCCCGUAUACAACUCCACACAGAAGACGCGCUCAAUACAAUUAUCCCUUCGUGUAUAGAGGAAAAUGUGCCUACCCUGUUCAAACUCGCAUUUGUUAAAGCAUGUCUCAUUAUUGCUCAAGAAGAAAAUCAUCUGCCAUGGAACCCCACGCUUAGCUCUUUAUACGACGGCCUAUGCAGACCCCUUCGAAAGUUGUUCUUACAAACAAUCCGUUUAGAUAUGACGAGUACAGCUUGCAGUAAAAAGAAUGAAACUCAUAGCGCCCAUAACAAUCGCGUGGAAUUGCUUCUAGAUUUACUCCGUUUAUUCCGUACUGAUACAAAGCUGGCUUUGCUUGGUAAUGACCUCGAUCGUGUGGAUCAAAACAGUGCAUAUAUGGUUGGAUUAGCAACAUUAUUUCAACAUCAAGUACAAGCUAUACGACAUUCUGCUGCUGAGUUAUUGGUGAAGAUGCAUUUGGAGGAGUAUAUUUUGUGCUGGGGACCAGAAGAUACUGUUUUACCCAAUUUUUGGAAGGUAUCUUCUCCUGCCAUAUUCAACUUGGCGAGACAAAUGUUGGAAAGUAAAUCAAAUGACACCAUAAAAGGAUUGCUGGAUUUGUUGAUGAAGGUUUUUAAAACCAGAAACGUCUUUCUAAAAAGUCAUCAGUCGUUACUUACGCAUGAAAGUUCAAACAUGCGAGAAAGAUUGCAGGCUUCCAUAUCACUUGAAGUGGCUUUAUUAGUCUCAUUGAAUUCCGCUAAUAAGGAUAUUUGUGAUGAUGCAACAAAAUGUAUUGGUUUAUUAUGUAAAGAAGCGACUAUUGUUGAUUUAGACGAGGGAGGUGAAGUCAAUUCCAUCACGAUCGCCUGUAAUCUAUCAAUCUACGAUGAAUUAUCCACUGAAGAUUCUCGUUUUAUUGGACGGAAAGCUCAGCAAAAACGAAUCCGUAGAUACCUGCGCAUGUUACACCAACAUACACCUGGUAACAUGGCCGCGUGGGAAGAAGCUUGGAAACGCUGGAAGCAAUUGACAGUCUUGAUGAAUAGAUUAUCCGAUAGUUUUGUCGAAGAGGACUCAAUUGAGCUUUGUACCACCAUUUCGAACGGAAAUAAUUCUUCGGGAUCAACUACUACACUCUCAUCCACAAAUACCUCUAUAGUAAGCAAUAGUAAGAAAACAACAGCCCCAACUCGAAAUGACAAAAAUCGACCAUCUACCAUCAUAAAAGCGCAGCAAAAUGUAGAUAUUUACGAAGACAAGGCCGUCGAAUGGAAAAAUUUUACAGGCUUUUUGGCUGCAUUGGGUGGAUGUUGUCUUGUAAAAAUUAAUGGCAUGGGAGGAGGAGACGAUAACCGAAGAGUAUCUGCAUCUCAUGAACCUUUGAAAAUGAUAGAUCGCUUUCUUAGUGAUAUGACAGAUAUGCUUAUUUCAGAUAACGUAUAUAUCCGCGAAGGAAUCAAAGAUACAUUAGGCAACGAUUUAUCUCCUGUAUUAUAUGUCAUUCUUUUCCGUAAUCUUGAAUCCUACAUGAACAGGUGCUUCGGUGCCAACGGUGAUGCUAUUCGUAGUCCUCAGAACAAACUGUUUGUUGAGCAAUCAGUUUUAGUAUUAAGACUAAUUCUUGAUCGCUUAGUGGAUCCUGGUGAUUGUCUUUUAAAUAUCGAUUUUAGUACACUUAUUCAUCGUUUUGCUGAUUAUCUCAACAAACUCCCAAACACCUACAUUACUUUGCGAAUCAAAAUUAAAAUGUGUCUCCUAAUUGAAUCAGUGAUGCAAAAGAAAGAACAUAUUGUUCUCCGUGAUGAAAACAGAUUACGAAACAAAUUAUUGGAAAUUUGUGUGGAAUGGACAAGUGAUUUUGCUUUGCAACGGAAACAUGUGGAAACAGGUCAACAAGCAGAAAGACUUCAAAAAGAUUUGGAUCAUGCAUGUCUUAAAGCAAUUGUCAGUUUACUCCAUCAACUUCCACUACAACCAUUUGAGGCCGUCAGACCAUCCGAUAUCUUUUCGAUCAAAAGCAAAUUGUUUUUCAAGUACUUCAGCUUUUUCCGAAAAUUAUUGGAUAGAUACAAGCAAACUGAAAGAGAUGCUAAAGGAUCAUCUAAUGGACUUAAUGGAUAUCUGGGGACUAGGGAAUCUUCUCUGAAAUCAUUACAGAUUCAGGCGAAUAUCAGUGGAGACUCUUACCAGGACUGGACUCAAAUGAAGGAAUUAACCAUUGUGGCUAUGUCGCAUCUUUUAAAUGCAAAUGUCGAUGCCGGCUUGAAAUACUCUUUAUCUAUGGGUUACGACGAUGACCAAGAAACUCGAACCGCUUUCAUGCAGGUACUGACUAAUAUUUUGAAUCAAGGUACCGAAUUCGAGACUUUAGGUGAAAGUGUCAUGACCGAUCGAUACGAAAAAUUGGUUGACAUGCUUGUGGAUGCCGAUAUGGAAAUCGUCAUGUCAUUAUGUGAAGUUUGUCCCUCCUCGGAUACUACUGGUGUAGCUGAAAUAUUACUAGUCUGCUUUGAAUCACGUAGUAAAGUGAUACCAUUAUUGAAAGCUGUGGUACAAAAAGAAAUCUCUCUUACAGAACAAGAAGCAACUUUAUUCAGAGGCACGACAAUAGCAACCCGUAUUUUAUCCGUAUUCGCAAAAUUAUCAUGUCUUGAUUACGUUCGUAUUACAUUGCAGCCCGUCAUGGAAGCUAUCAACGCUUUGCCAGAAGAGCAAUUAACCUGGGAACUCGACCCACACAAGCUAAAUUCGGCGGAGGAAAUCAUGACAAACAAA